GGCGCGCCGCGCCGCGGAGCAGCGGAACCGGGCGUGGUGCAAAGACAUUGCGUGCCAGGGAGGGAUGCGUCGCGUGUUCGCAUCGCGAGAGCCGUCGGGAUAGUUGGGUCUGGGCGAAGGUGCUGCUAACCUGCUCCUGGUCCUGCAGGUGAGCUGCCGGCGUUGCCAUGGAAGAGGACUGGGACACGGAGCUCCUGGAGCAGGAGGCGGCAGCGGCUUCCCAGAGGCGUUCUGAGGAGCAGGCGUGGAUGGCUAACUCUGGCAGAUCAAACAGCCCAUCCCUCCGCUUCUCCAGCAGACCAAGCAGCCCCUUGUCUGGAUUCCCAGGCAGACCAAACAGCCCCUUCUUUGGCUUUAGUCAGAAUAAAGGCUCACUCGGUGCUAAUGAAGGACCUAACAGAAAUCUGUAUAUGCAGCAUGACAUUGGAGGUUAUUCUGGGAGCAGAGCUUUAGAUUCUGUUCUGCGUCAAAACAGAGAAGAUCAACCAGUGACUGGAUUUGGUAGAGGGAGGAGUUCUGCAAGCAGGGAUUUUCAAGAGAGGGACUCCGCAGAUGAUCCUGGUAUGCAAGAACAAGGUUUUAGAGGUGCUCCUGGCAUCUUUGGGCAAAGCAAGUGUUUUAACAGUGAGGUAAGAAACAGUCCUCUGCGUGGCAGCCCUUUUGCCCCAGGAGUAAGAGGAGCACUUGGGGGUCCUGCAGCUGGAGUUCACAAAGGACGCUAUGAAGAAAUUGAUUCUGGAAGAGGUCCAAAGGUGACUUACGUGCCCCCUCCUCCACCUGAUGAUGAACAGUCCAUCUUUGCAUGUUAUCAGUCAGGAAUUAAUUUUGACAAGUAUGAUGAAUGCGCUGUUGAGAUGUCAGGACUUGACCCUCCAACACCAUUACUGGCUUUUGAAGAAGCUAACUUCUCUCAGACUUUAAGGAAGAAUAUAUCUAAAACUGGAUAUUCAAAACUUACUCCAGUGCAGAAGUACAGCAUUCCUGUUAUACAAGCGGGGCGGGACUUAAUGUCGUGUGCCCAGACAGGAUCAGGAAAAACAGCAGCUUUUCUUCUACCGAUUGUGGACCGGAUGAUGAAAGAUGGCAUAACUGCAAGCGUCUUCCAAAAGCAGCAAGAACCACAAUGCAUUAUUGUUGCACCAACUAGAGAACUGAUAAAUCAGAUCUUCUUAGAAGCGAGGAAGUUUGUGUAUGGGACUUGUAUAAGGCCUGUUGUGAUCUAUGGAGGCACACAAACAGGUCAUUCAAUACGUCAGAUAAUGCAAGGCUGUAAUAUAUUAUGUGCCACUCCUGGAAGGCUUCUUGACAUUAUUGAAAAAGGGAAGAUCAGUUUGGUGGAAGUGAAAUAUUUGGUACUAGAUGAAGCAGACCGCAUGCUUGAUAUGGGUUUUGGAUUAGAUAUGAAGAAGCUGAUUUCUUAUCCAGACAUGCCAUCUAAAGACAGACGUCAAACAUUAAUGUUUAGUGCCACUUUUCCUAAAGAAGUUCAAAGGCUGGCUGGUGAGUUUUUGAAAACUGACUAUAUAUUUCUUGUUAUUGGAAAUACCUGUGGAGCCUGCAGUGAUGUUCAGCAAAAUAUUCUUCAGGUUCCCCGGUUAUCCAAAAGGGAUAAACUAAUAGAAAUUCUACAGAGCACAGGUGGUGAACGAACCAUGGUGUUUGUGGACACAAAGAAAAAAGCAGAUUACCUUGCAGCCUUUCUUUGUCAAGAGAACUUACCGUCCACCAGCAUUCAUGGAGAUAGGGAACAGAGAGAGAGAGAGAUAGCUCUUCACGAUUUCCGUUCUGGAAAAUGCCAAAUACUUGUGGCAACUUCGGUAGCAGCGAGAGGGCUGGAUAUAGAAAAUGUUCAACAUGUUAUUAAUUUUGAUCUCCCUAACACCAUUGAAGAUUAUGUACAUCGAAUUGGACGAACUGGUCGUUGUGGAAAUACUGGCAAAGCAGUUUCAUUCUUUGAUGAUCAGACAGAUGGCCAUCUUGUACAAUCUCUACUUAAAGUGCUUUCAGAAGCUCAGCAGGAAGUUCCAGUUUGGUUGGAAGAAAUGGCUGUCCAAAGAACAAAUGUUGUUGCAUCACUUGGUGCUCAUAGAAAUAAUGCAGGUAGCAGCAGAAUGAACCCGGGAGAAAUGAGGAUGUCAUAUUCUCAAAGAACAUUUAAGUCAUGGGAGUAAAGCAAAUUUAGUACUAAAAUCUGUUGUAUUCUGUUUUGGUUUAAGUUAACUGUUGCAGUUAAUGUUUAAUUACUGUUAAGCUUUAUGAAGUGCUUUGUGUUUACAAGCUACCUUGUAUCUCAUGAUGAAGCUUUCAACAAUGAAGAAGGAACCUAUUGUUGAUUCUCACUCAAUUUAGGAAUGCAAAAGCCAUUUUAAGGAAAAAAAUAGCCUGAUACUAAGUGUUAAAUGUUUCAGUCAGUAGGUGUUUGCUGACGCUUGUAUGUUGCUAUAAAUAAUGUGUUGCUAUAAAUGAGUUGUCAUCCCUGUUUUGCUUGCAACUGGAAAAUAGCAUGUCAUUGGAACUUAAUACUUUGUUAUUAAAAUUCAUUUACAUUGCAACUUGAAA